GCCCAUUAUAAAUUGACUCAUGGUUGUUAACUUGCGCGUUUGGAUCUGCAGGUGGCUAGAUACACGUGAACAGCCGUAAUGGCCACCUCUGAUGUGUCGAAGAAAGUGUUGCGGUUAAAACUUAAGCUCACAGAAUCGACAGAAUCAAAGACGGUCCUGGAAACUUUAAACAAACUACAGGAACUAGACAUCACCAUAGAUGUUCUUGCAGAAACUGGCAUUGGCAAAGCUGUGAACUCUUUUCGUAAGCAUGGAGAUGCUGGCGAGGUUGCCAAGUCACUUGUGAGGCACUGGAAGAAACUAGUCCCCAAAGAAUCUCAGAGCCACACAGAGGAUGGUGCAACUUCACAGACCAAACAUUUCAAAACUGCAAAGAGCCAAAUCAAUUCAGCGGAGGGAUGUGUAAAAACUGAGGACCACAAUGAACUAGAUUUAAAGCAGAAAUGUUCAGAAAUGGAUGACAAAGAUUACGUAACUUAUGAGGACCAGUUAAAACCAGAGGAGAAAAAGAAAGACCUUUUGGCGAGAGAUGAACCACAAGAGAUAGACAGAAAGCUGGAGGCAGAGAAAAAGGGUAAAGAAGAGAUGGAGAGAAAUAAGAAAAAGGGGGAAGAGAGAAAGAGGGAGAGAGAGGAAAUAAAGGCAGAGGUAGAGAAAAUGGAUGUUAGUCAAGAAAAUGAAAGGAAGUCACCUGAAUUAAAGAAGCAUUUUAAAUGUGAACGUGAAAGAAGGGAGAAUCUGAAUAAAAAAGUAGAGAGACGAGAGAAGAAAGGAUACGUCCCUUUGAAGAUGCAUCAUAACCAUGGUAUGGAUUCUGAGAAUGAUGACUUUCUACAAUCAAAGAAUGAUCACAAGAAAAGCAGGCCUGUGUCCAACGAAGGUCCUAAAACUAAUUCAGAUAUAUGCAAAGGGAAUGGGACAAAGAGAGUCUCUGGUAAGAAACCUCAGUCAUGUCCAACAUCCUUUUCUAGAGAAACUAAAUCAGAAUGUGAUGGCAACCGAACACUGUUCAAUAUUGAUAGUCUCCAAGUUAACAAAAAAGCUGAGAAUGAAGCAGCUUUGUUGGCAGGCGUUCAUAAGAGGGGGCCAUGUGAAGGGAAGCAAAAAUGCAUUAAAACCAAAGAUCAGACAGCACACAAGAAAAACUCUAAGAAUCUCAAAAGUACGAAAGUGUUCAAUGAUACAGAAAAGGACCUUGAACUGCCCUCUAUGUCUUUUGAGUCCUGUCUGAGUUAUGACUUCAAAGCACCCAAGAGGAAAAAAAGAUCUGGGCACAGUGAAAAGCCAGCAAAAAAACAUAAUACCUGUGAGAAAGAAGAGGGACCAGUUAAGGGUAAGACGGGAUCAGUGAUGGACUUACUCAAUGUUCCUUUGCCAGCAUUUCUACCAGAGUGUGAUGAGCUCUCAAAUUUCCAGUACAUAACCGUGAAAGAGGAGGAGAGAACAUCCAGAGCCUCUGAUGUCCCACAGGAGGCUACUAUAUUUACGGGCCAAAGGCUGAAUAAGAAGAUGCAGGUCUACUCUGGAGUCAAGACCACCUUCCUCCCAUCCAUGAUGACCCUGUACCAACAAUGCAUCCGUGCACUACAGAACAACAUUGACUUGCUCUAUGAGAUAGGAGGGGUCCCAUUUGAAAUUCUUCAGCCGGUGUUGGAGCGAUGCACACCCUACCAGCUGCAACGUAUUGAGGAAUGCAACCCAGUCUAUGUUGGACUGACUGAACUCCUAUGGGAGAGGCACUGUCGGAGGGACUUCAGGAACGCCCAGCUAGAGGAGUACGAGUCCUGGAGAGAGAUGCACCUUAGACUGUCUGAGGAGAGAGAGAGGAAACUGCAGCAACUGACAAAGACCAUAGUCUCUGCUCAUUCUGGGAAACCGAAAGGACGUCAGGUGAAGCUGGCAUUCAUCAAUUCUAUUGCCAAGCCACCCAGAAAUGUCCGUAUUCAGCAGGAGAUCUAUGGAACCGCUCAUCCCUUGCAGCAGCCUCAUCCUCUGGACAGACCCAGUCCCAAAGCUCAAGACAACAGACCCAGACCCAGCUAUGCAGAACCAGCCAAACCUUCGACCACAGCUUCUGGGCCUAGUCAAGCACCAGACUCAAAAAGAGGAAGAGUUGCUCCUAUGAUGGCGAAAUCCUUGAAAGCCUUUAAGAAGCUGGGACGAAGAUGAUUGCCCUGAGGCAAGAUGGACCAGGAAAUGGUUAUGUCAAAGGGUACUUUCUUGAUAGAUUUCUUGUUAUUUCUUGUGAAACAAACUCUUUAAGUACUAAUGCUGAUGUUUGUGCUUAAACGUGUGUGCUUAUCAAACACCCAGUGAACUACACUAUUAAACAUGAUAAA